AUGUAUAACAUAAUUAUACGUAAUAAUGGUUUAAAUGGCUUCUAUAAAGGUUUCUAUUUUCCCCUGUUAACGAAUGGAACAAUAAAUGCACUUGUCUUUGCACUCUAUGGGAAUGUGAUGAGAUGCUCAUCUGACAUACAUAGGCAAGAGCUUCUUAAAACUCACAUGUUGAUAUCAGGCAGUGCCGCCGGAUUAACGCAAGCUUUACUUAGUUGUCCAAUAGAAGUUGUGAAAAUUCGUUUACAAACAUUAGGCUACAUAGGACGAUCAUGGAAUUGCAUGAGAUAUAUCUUUCAACAUGAGGGACUUUAUGGACUUUAUAGAGGAUUAGUACCGAUGAUAUUUCGAGAUUGUUUUCCAUAUGCCAUAUAUGCUGUCGUAUACGAUUAUAUGUAUGAGGCGGGUAAUAGAAUUACAUUCGUUCAGGCGAUUAGAAUGCAAUCACAAGAGCAGCAGAAGCAGCAAAGUAUAUUGACUAUAAAAGUAGAAGAGAUUCUCACAUCAGUGGCUAUCGUGACAGCAAGUGUAUUAUCAUGGGUUCUUAUAGCACCCCUCGACGUCAUCAAAACAAUCAUGCAAGCUGAAACAAAUCCAAAUAUCCAUAAAAAUAUGCUCGAAUCGUGUGCUGUACUCGUGAGAGCACACAAAUACCGUGCUUUAUUUGCUGGCAGUUACAUGAUUUUGGGAAAGUCGUAUGCUACGCUAUGGGGUUACCAAUAUUGUUUAAACAAAUGUCAGGAGAGAGCACUAAAGGAUGCGAAUUGA